UUGGCUGUUGCUGGGUAAUGUUUCGAAUUCUAUACACGCCGUGGAAUCGCGUACGUUCGGUCGAGCAUUAGCACACACAUCCUGCUAUUGCGGUUAUAGCACCACUCAAAACUGCUUCCUAACCAACUCUAACCUAAUAAAUGCUACAAAGAAAGUAACUAAAAAACUGCUCGCAGCUUAAAGAAAAUGUGCAUAAGUAGUGUUUAAUUUAUGAGUGCUGAUUUGUGGCCGCAUUGUGGCACUUCGCUGCAAUUGGAUAAUAUUCGAAUUGUGCAAUUGUUUCGCGACGCGUUGCGCCUCCCACUACCCCCCCACCCUUACAAGCUGCAUAAUCUUCCUCGCCACCGCGCUCUAUUUUUGCGCUUUCUGCUUUCCGAACCGCAGCACAAUAAAAUAACGACAACAACAACUUAAAUAAAAUAAAAAUUAAAAUAAAGAAAUAAUACGAAGAAAAGUGCUAAAGCAAAAACAAAAGUGCAGGAAACAAAAGAAAAAACACAACAAAAGAAACGCCGACGAAAGGAAGCAGCAAAGAAAGCCAAGCAAAGCAAACAAACAAACAAAGAAUAUACUGGUAUUGUAUAUUAGUUUGUGUGGAAGCAGUUGCGGGCGCACGCACGCCGACGCCCCCACUCCCCACUUGACAGCCUUGCGGUCGGCGCUGCGCUUACGUCGUCUUUUAAACAACGUGUGCGCAUGUGUUGUUGUUGUACACGUACAUUGAAUGCGUACGGCCAGUACGCUAUCAGCUCGUAACGCUUCGUUUGUUUGUCGGUUGGUGCGCCCACACGCACACAUACAUAUACUUACGUGCGUGAGCGUGAGUCCGAUUUCCUGCGCGUUUGUGUGUGCGCGCAUUGUGUUUGCGUUGCGGUACGCGUGUGUGUGCCAUUGUAUUAGUAACGGUGAUUCAACUGUGAAGCGUGACAACGAAUAUGAUUAAAAUUACACGUAAGCGGUUAAAGGCAACGCAAACGUACGUAACGAGUUGAAUUGAGUUGAGUUGAGCGUGAGUCAAAUUGCACGGCAUUGCACGCGGCACACACGGAAAGUGGCGUUAGUGUGUGCAAUUGUAUACAUAUGUGUUGGCAACGGUGGUGUGCAAAGAAACUGUUAUAAGGCAAUACAUUAUAGCGCCAACGUUAAGGAUACCCUAGUUCUUCUAUGAUAGUGCUUAACAAACAACAAAGUGAACUUCCACUUCCCUUUUCACCUUUCGAUGUACACAAAAACCACGAAGAGGAGUACACAUAAAUGAUGCCCUGGAUAAAUAAAUUGAAGAUAAUCACUUUCAAAAAUCAACUAAGUAAAAAGUGCUUCUCAGCUUUGGUGCUUCCUUCCACAACAUUGUCUUCGAGUUUACAACUUCCGCUGGCAAUGCAAUUACGAGUAUUUUACUGCUAUUGAAUUGAAAGCUUCCUGCCAAACUUAGAGAUAAAUUGCAAUGCAUGCUAAUGUCACAUCAGAUCGUGGUGGUGGCGGCGGUUCAUGGCGUCUGCCACCUGAUGAAACACUACAAGUACAAGAUCCUAAACAGAAGAAUGAUGAUUUAGAUUUGGACGAAGGUCACAAUUGGCGUAGUAUCAUAUUUUCACUGUUAGUUAUUAGUUUUGUAAUAGCCGGAAUUAUAACCGCAAUAUAUCUACUAGGUUAUGUUGAUGAAUUGCUGUAUUGGUCGGGUCGUCGCAUGAUACUCGACGAGUACCUGCAAGGCGAUUUGACGCCCACACGUCUACAACCCGCUUGGGUUACGACGCGUAAGUAUGUCUUCCAGUCGGACGACGGGGGACUGGCCAUAUUGGAUACGACCAGCAAUUCGGUUAGCACGCUCGUUACGAAUCACACGCUGCGGCAGUUAAAUGUACGCGGCUAUCAGUGCUCACACGAUCUGCGAUAUGUUCUAUUUAGACAUAAUGUUAAGAAGAUUUUUCAAAAGUCAUUUACCGCAUUUUAUACAAUUUACGACGUUGAAAACGAUCACCAUAUGCCUGUGAAACUAAAGGAUUCACCGAAAGUGCAGCGUACGCGUCUACAAUAUGCCGCUUGGCUAGGCAACACUACCUCGUUGGUCAUCGUUGCCGACAACGAUAUUUAUCUACGACAAUCACCCACUGACGAGGAGGACAUCCGAAUCACAAAUACAGGGUAUGAAAAUUACAUUUACAAUGGCGUACCAGAUUGGCUCUAUCAGGAAGAAAUUUUCGAUAAACCCGAAGCGAUAUGGGCAUCACAAGACGGUACACACUUCAUGUAUGCUUCGUUCAAUGACAGCAAAGUGAAUAUGAUGACAUACCCGUGGUUGGCCUCAGGCAGUAUUAUCGCUGGUAGCAGUAUGUCACCGGAAACCUCAUUUCCUGAAACCAAAAAUGUGCGCUAUCCCAUACCCGGCUCCCCGAAUCCUGAGGUCACCCUUUGGGUGGUAGACGCUAGUAAUUUAACCGACAUACAAUAUUUUAUUUUGAAACCACCCCCUUCCUUGGAUGACCAAGAAUUUUAUAUAACAUCGGCUGGCUGGAUCUCAGAACUAAAUCAUCAAGUUUCUGUUGUCUACAUGACACGCUCUCAAAAUUAUAGUAUAAUCGCCACUUGUUUAGCGGAUACAAAUUGGACUUGUGUCGAGAUACACUCCGAGCGUGCUCCCGAAGAUGAGUGGCUCGAUAUUCUUCCGCAUCCAGUUUUCGCGCCCGACGGCAAUAGUUUUCUAAUAUUGGCGAGUAUACAAGAAUUCGGUAAUGAGCAUUUCACACACAUCAAACACGUCACAAUGACACAACAACGUAUUGCCGUCAUAUCACAUGGCCGCUAUGAGGUGCUAAAAAUCCUUUGCUGGGACACUGUCAAUCAUUUAGUGUAUUAUCUGGGUACACAAGACAAAAAGCCCGGGCAGCGGCAUUUAUAUAUGGUGAAAGAUCCGGUCAAUGAUGAGAGUAGAAAAACUGAGCCACAGUGCAUUACCUGCGAUUUGGGCGAGGCGCUUUGGAGCAGCCGCUAUUACUAUGUGAAUUGUUCUCAUUUCGAUGCCUUCAUGACACCAGUGUCUUCCAUAGCAACUCAAUAUGGUAUUGAAUUUUACAUAUUGGAAUGUCAGGGGCCCGGCCUGCCGGUGUCGGGUGUGCAUAUGCAGAAAUCGCAUAGUUUGGUGAAAAUACUUUAUGACACCCGUCCGUUCUUUACGGAGCGUCUGCAAAAGCUGGCGCUACCGACACAACGUUCAUUCGAGAUACCAUUGCCACAUGGGAGUCGGGCACAAGUGCAAUUACUUCUACCGCCUAGUUGGCGUGAAGAGCUUAGGGAUGCCGCCUUUCCGGUGGUGGUCGAAGUCAAUGGCCGCCCAGGUUCCGAGUCUGUUUCGGAGAAAUUUCAAAUAGACUGGGGCACCUAUAUGUCAUCGCGUAACGAUGUCAUUUACAUACGCUUAGAUGUUCGUGGCGCGAAGGGCCAAAGUAAAAAGCAACUGUACCGACACUUGGGCGGCGUCGAAGUACAGGAUCAGAUUUCUGUUUUAAGAUAUCUUUUGGAUACAAUUAGUUUUUUAGAUGAAACACGUGUGGGUAUUUGGGGUUGGGGCUAUGGAGGUUACGUAACUUCAAUGGUGCUCGGCACACAACAGGAUGUGUAUAAAUGCGGCAUAGCCAUAUCGCCAAUCGCCGACUGGCUCUACUACAAUUCCGCUUUCACAGAACGCAUAUUAGGCCUGCCGGCGGAGAACUACAAAGGCUAUGUCGAAGCCGAUGCAACGCAGCGUGCGCGUCUCAUCAAAUCACACUCAUUCUUCCUAAUACACGGCCUAGCCGAUUCAACUGCACCCUAUAUACAUGGCAUACAGUUAGCCAAAUCGCUAACGGACGCCAACAUCUUGUACAGAUAUCAGACAUACGCGGACGAAGGUCACGAACUGUCCGGAGUGCUCGAACAUGUCUAUCUCUCUAUGGAGCACUACUUUGCCGAUUGCUUAAGUUUAGAUCCGGACGAUACGAAACCCGAUCUGGAUCAGAAAAUAGUGCCAGCUGAGUAGACAGUUAUAAAGAGAGAAAGAGAGAAUUGACGGAGGAGAGAGAAUAGCGUGCAGCUUCCAAACUGCAACACAAGCAAAAGAUAUUAAAACUAGUAACUAAGCGCGAUUUAGUGAUUUAAAGAAUAAUAAAUUCUAGGCAAAUAUUACAAUUAAGCACAAGUGCAUUAAGAAAGAGAUACAAAGUGAAAUGUAAAAUGGUCUAGCAUAAAUAAGCAAAGCAGCAAGGCAACAAGCAGUAGACAUCAAACAUACAUACAUACAUACUUGUACAUAUACAAGCAUAAGAUUAGGAAAAUAAAGCAAGCAGAAAAAGAAAAAGUUAUAAUACUGAAAUAUUGUACAAUAUUAUAAAAACGUAUAAAAAGGAUAACAAUUACAAAAACAACAACAACAACAACGGAUAUUAAAUUAAAUUUGCGAUUCAUGCGGCAUUUAUCUUCCAACUAGUUGCACUUUACGUAAGCAUAUUUAAGCGUACAAGUCAACAUUUAGUCUGUAUGUAUGUAAGUAAGAAAUUAGCGUUGCCAGCCGAAGUAUUUGUAAAUGAAUUAUAAUUUUUUUUUCGAAAAUUUGGUUGCUCACUUGCAUAGUAGCCAAAGCAAUAGGAAAAAAAAAUUCAAGUCAGAUCUACUGUAUUAUAGUUAGUUAGGUAAAUGCAAUUUAACAAGAAAAAAACAACAAAACGUAGAAGUAAUAUACGUAUGGUAAAGUAAAUGGCGCGAAAAUAUAAAAUAAUUUCAAAUAAUUAUAAGUAACACAAAUAUAUAAGCAAACAAAGAAGACGAUUUUGCUUUGAAAGCGAGUGACAAAAGCACACUCAGUUCGAAAACGCUUUACUAUUAUGUAAAAUGUCUGGCAACAACUCAGCAGUCAAAAAUAUGUAUUCCAAAUUUAGUAACAAUUAUUUGUAUUGCCUAAGAGCAAAAAACAGUAAGACUUUGUUCACAAUUUUAAAAUUCUUGAUUUAUUCUUGAAAUUGUACGUCGUCCCCCUCAAAGUAAUCCUCCUUGGCCUAAAUACACUUGUGCUAACAUUUUUUUCAAUUCUCGUAACAGUGUUCAGAAAAGCCUGCAAUGCGCGUAGCGAUUCACGUUUAAUGUUUUCAAUUGACUCAAAACGGAGCAGAAUUAGGCGAAUACGGUGGUUGCGGCACGAUAUUGGUUGAAAAUUUGGCGAAAACUGAUGAAGAACCAAUGCAGUCUGCGACGGCCCAUAAGUCCGACCUCUUCUUACGACGCAUAAUACUCAAAUAGUAUUCCUAGUUGCCAGUUUGGCCGGUCGUAUGGAAUUCGCAGUGCACUACACCUCGUUAAUUGAAGAAUCCUGUAAACAUAAUCUUGAUUUUUAACCUGCUUUGGCGUGGUUUUUUCGGUUUCGGCUCACCGUUACCACGAUUUUCGACCGAUUGAUCGCCUGUUACCGUCGUAAGCAUAGACCCAAUACUCAUCGUCACUAAUAUUACGUUAAAUGACAUGCUGGUAGUCGGAAAGCAUUGUUUCACAGACGUUAAAAAGACACUGUUUUUCGAAAAAAUUGAGUGAUUUUGGAACCAAUCGUGCUUUCACUUUCCUUACACCCAAAUGAUCUUUUGAAAUGGUUUUCACUUAUCCGUCGGAUAUUUCAAUGAUGCCAGUAAAUCUUCGAUUCUCAAGCACCAAUUUUUUAUUUUAUUUACUUGUUGAACAUCAGUUGAUGUUGUUGGCUGUCCUGUACGUGGUUCGUCGUCAACGUGUUCUCGACCGUCUUUGAAUAAUUUGUACCAAUCAAAAACACUUGCUCGCGACAAACAAUUAUCAUCGCAGGUCUUCUCCAACAUUCUGAACGUUUCGGCACCAGAAAUUUGGUUCGCAUGCAAAUUUUAUGGAACUUAUUUGUUGAAUAGUUUCAGUCAUCGUAAAAACCGCCGAAUGCACUUUAUGUACAUACUUCAGAAAGCCAAGCGUAUACUAAACACUAACGAAUAUUUUGAUGUGAAAUUUGGCACAGUUGUCACUGACAGGCAUACCGAUCUGGAAAAAAAAAAUAUUUCGACGAAUGGAUUUCCGCGUGAAAUUUAAAUUAAAAAGUCUUACUAUUUUUUGCCCACAAUUUAUUAUUUCAACGAGUGUUCUUUUGGCACUAGCAUACAAAAUCACAAAGCCAGUGUAAAUAUAAUAAUCAUAUGUGUAAAUAGCCAUGCAAAUGACAUGAUAAUUAUGCACAAAUACAGCAACGAGACAACGCAUAAUUAGAACGAACUUAAUUUAUAAGCAAAUCAGAGUAAAACAUCCACAAACAUACAAAAAUAUUAAAAAUUAUAAAUAAAAGUAAUUUUUUUAAAGAAAUAUAUAUA